CUUACUGAGUUCUUCUUCUCUUUCCCAGCAGCUGUUUGUCUUGUGUGUGUGUGGUGUGCUGCCUGCCUCGCUAAGAUCCCUCUAGAAGACUAAUACAGCUUUACCAUGUGAGCUCCCUUCAAGCUGUUCUGCCAGCAUCCACCUUCUCUUCACCCCACUACACUGCACCAGGUCAAGGAACCCAUCUGACAAAACAGAAGAAGACAUCAGAGGCCUUUUAAAAUCAUCUAGGAAUUUUAACCUGUUGAUUUUCCUUAAGUAAAAGCCCUGGCCACUCUUCAGUUUCAUCAAAUGGAACAGUUCAGCUGGCACAUUGUAAAUCUAAUGGGGCCUGAUUUGUAUCUCAGGUUCCCUAAAGAGAUAGUGAACUCCUAUUGUGCAGGAAUUAGGUAGCCUGAAACAGAAUCAAAGUUUUCUGAUGUGGGCAUUUCUAGGUCAGUAAAUGAAGCUAGAUUCUCUGUCACCUGCAAGCAGGUGACUUUUUUUUUGCCUUCCAAUUCUACAGUGUAUAUGGAACAGUAUUAACUUUGUAAAAAAAAAAAAAAGAGGGGAAGCAGUGAUGCCUACAUGAAAGUUUGCCAUCAGGGGUAUGGCCAAGAGCCAGGGAGGGUGAAAAGCUGAUACUCAGUUUUUAUCUUCAAAUUAUUCAUAAGAUGUCCCAGGAACCUUUGCAUCAGCAAGGGAAGCUGCACAACUGCACAACACUGUGGCCAAUGAUCUUAUUGUCCAGCAGCUUUGUACUCCUGCUGUCAUGUCAACCCUCAACCCCUCACAUCCAGUUCCUUGUAUGCAGUCAGCAGGGCAUCUCUGCUGGUGCAACUAGUGUUUGCUGUCCUGCUUGUCCCAGCUGAGAUUAUACAUCACUCAGAGUUGGUCAUGGUAUUUCCAGUAACAAAAGCUUCCUCCCAUUGCAAUGCCAACACAGUCAGGAUUCCUGUUAGUACUACACCGGCCAGGCUAGGUUUGUGUUAGGAUCAGAGGGGAUGGCUCUGAGGUAGUGCUGUACAGAUUGGCUGAUCUGCUUCUACUUCUGAGAUGGUGAGUGUGCCCUCUUAAAAACAACCAGGUUACAACAAAAUGUACACAUUUUUCUUCCAAUUAUAGAACAAUUUCUUCCUUCUGAGUAGGGCUGCUGAUCAUAGUUAGAAUGCAAAAUCAGAUCUGUAUCAGUGCCUCUCCAAAAGCAGCCCUGGGAGAGUAUCCUGCCUUCCCCAGAAUAAGGGCACAGGGGCAGCGCUCUGCAGGUUCUUUGGUGAGAAGAGAGAAGCAGGCUGUGCUUGUGUUGUUUGGCAGCAGAUGUUCUAUUCCUCAUGGCUGACAGACACUGUGCUUCCACAAGGCACUCUGCAGGCCACUGUCUGCUGCAGGGUUAAUUAGAUAGGAUAAUUCUGGUCUGCAGAUUAUCUGUGUGGCUCUUGUUAGCUAGAACAGGAAAUGCAGAACUGAAAGCUUGCAAAAGCCUUUAAAGGCUUUCUGGGAGCAUCUCUGAUUUAGCCUGUCUUUUUCUUUCCUUCUUCAAGUUUACUUCACACAAAGUAACUGUGCUUCAAAGAAAGAUGUGUGCAUAAACACCCUGCAGUUAAUUUCUUGCCUUCAAUUGCUUGCUCAUUUGUGGAUGACAUGUAACGUAGUUUGAGUUACUCAAAUCACAAUGUAAGCACCCUUUGCACAGCAGAUACACCUUCUGAGGCUUUUAAUUGUGGUGUUUAUAUUUUGCAAUGUGUUGGUUCCUGUCUCCUUUACCUAAUAUUGAAUGAUCUAAUCUGUGUCUCGUAAAUGAAUCUAUUUUAGCUCCAUUAGAAUGCCCCUUUAAUUGAAGGCAUACAGGCAGGCUGUGAUGGAAGAAGCAGUGCUAACAGUAAAUACAGCUAAUGGAACAAUUUACAGUGUGUGGAUGCUCUUAGCUUUGAUGCUACCCUGAUUAGCUGAGCUGCUGUGUUUGAUUUUACUUGUAAUGAGAAUUAAUUGGAGAGCACUGCACGACAGCAGCAGCGCAAUGAUGUUUUCAUGUCUCAAAGAGGAUGAGUGAAAGCACCCGCCCCAAUUUCUUUAUUUUUGUGUCUUUAUUUUACAGAAAAAAACAAUGGAUGUUUAUAGGAGAGAGGUAACUGGUCAUUCCUUGAUUACUACUUGUCCAACGUAUUAUGUACUAUCAGCAGGCCAUCAUGAAAUCCAGAGUGAAAUCUUCUGUCUCCCUUGGAGGGCUUGUGAAGUACUCUGAGCAGUUUCUCUCCAAUGAUCCUAUCCUGUCUGGAUGUCUCCCUAGCAACCCCUGGAUAACAGAUGACCCUGAUUUCUGGGAUCUCAAUGCAAAGCUAGUGGAAAUCCCCACCAGGAUGCGUGUGGAGCGAUGGGCUUUUAAUUUCAGCGAGCUGAUACGGGACCCAAAAGGUCGGCAGAAUUUCCAGCUCUUCCUGAAGAAGGAGUUCAGCGGAGAGAACCUGAGUUUCUGGGAAGCCUGUGAGGAUCUCAAAUAUGGAGACCAGUCCAAGGUCAAAGAAAAAGCAGAAGAAAUUUACAAGCUCUUCCUCGCUCCAGGAGCUAGGCGCUGGAUUAACAUCGAUGGCACAACAAUGGGCAUCACGGUGAAAGGCCUCAAGCACCCUCAUCGCUAUGUUUUAGAUGCUGCUCAGACCCACAUUUACAUGCUGAUGAAAAAGGACUCCUAUGGCCGCUAUUUAAAGUCUCCAGUAUACAAGGAAAUGCUGGCCAAGGCUGUUGUGCCACAAGAAACUGUCAAAAAAAGUUCCAAUUUCCCAUUUGGACGCCGUCAUCUCCGCUCCAGCCCCAGCCCCAUCAUCCUAAGGCAGCAGGAGGAAGAAGCCAAAGCCAAAGAAGCUGCUGCUACCGUGGACAUCACGCAGGUCAUGAGCAAGCUGGAUCGGAGGAGCCAGCUCAAGCAGGAACCUCCUAAGUAGGCUCUGAGCCCUGCAGGGCACAGUGCAGGGAAAAGACAAGCUGAGGCCGGUGUUGAGCUUCGUCUCCCUUUCCUGAAGGUGUCAGUGCUGCUUUAGGUUUCCCAGACCAGCUCUGCCAGCAGCCUGCUUCCUGCAUGUUGCCAUGGCUUCUGCAGCAGCAGAUGUCACUUCCCAGGCACAUCAGGCAUGGGAAUGCUCCUGGAGCCAGGCUGCUGGCUGUGCUGGAUUCACAGCAUGGGGCCAGAAAUCCCUCUGUGCACACCAUGACAGGGGAUGUCUUCUUGCUGCCCCAAGCCCCAGGAGACUGGGCAGCCUGUGUGCCUCUCCCUCUCUUCUGCUCCUCCAGCAGCUGGGAUGGCACAAGGGAGAGUGAAGCUGUGCUGUCUCAGUCAUUUGGGUUCAUACUCAUCUUCUUUGGAGCAGCAGUUGAGGACUCUCCAGGGAGCAGAGCAAGGCACCAUACCUCAGAACGUGUCCAUGCUGAUGUCCAUCCUCUCAGCAGGAUGUGCACCCUCCUGUGUUGUGCAUCCACUGAGAGGAGUGGUCAUAUAAAUUCUCCAUCUGCUCUAAGGCACUUCAAGUAUCCUGCACCUCCAAAUCAGUGCAAAGGAGCUGCAGGCAGAAGAGUGGGAUAGGCUUCUUAUGAGAACAGUACAAGGAGCAUUUCUGAAGGUUUGGGUGUCCCUUUGAAUUUUAAUGACAAUCCCAAGUCCCCCUGGUACACUGGAGAUCAGUGGAAAGCUCUGCUCUCUCUCCAUUACCCUGCACACAAUGAGCUAGGUGUGCAGGCUUAGAGCUGUCUCUCACAGGAGCUUGCAAGAGUGCUUGAGAGAUGCUGCUAUAUCUUUGUGUUUCUUUUAUCAAGUCCUUUCUGCCUCUUGUCUUGUCUUUUUCCUGCUAUUCUAUUUUCUGUAAAAUAAAAAAUAAAAAAAUAACAGGAGGUAGUUCCAGUUGUCACUGGUUUGUAGCCCAGAGGCAAAGAAGAGCCAGGGCAGAGGAGUUAAGAGCUGAUUUCAAGUUUAAGUAGUGAUUUUUGUUUUUUUGUUUUUUCUAUCUCUACUGUCUCUUUUGCUCCUUAGAAUAGUAAAUCUGAACAACUAUGUUAGCACUAAGGAGCUUGGGGAGAUUCCAGACUUUUCUGGGAAACCCCAGCCUGUCUGGACUAGGCUGAUGAUUAUCAGAACUGGGAAGAUUCCUGCAAAGCUCAGUAAAGGCAGUGGGGUGGGGGUGGGGAGGCAGAAAAUCUUUUUGUUAGAAGCUAGGGAAAGCAGAGGAACUGGAUGGGAAGAACUGAAGUACAGGAAACUUCUUAACUCCUCUUGGUAUUGUUAAUCCAUUUUUACAACUGGAAUGAAAUUGCAGAAAAACAAAGGUAGAGAAACCUGGGUGUGAGUGGGAGCUCUUAGGUGCAUAUAGACCAACUUCUCACUGGGAGGGAGAUAGCCAGGCUUUAGGCCCAGCCAGCUUUGAACAGAAUUCUUGCUUCCCCUGUGCACGGUAUCAGGUGCAGAAUCAGGGCUACAUGGUCUGAUUUGGUGUCCUUGCAGAACCAGCUUCCUUUGCUUUGCAGCUGAGCUAUGGGAGAUUUUCAUGACCUUGUUAACCUAAUGGUGAUAUAAUGUUUUUAGAGGAAUUGAAAUCAAGUUAUGAGUCUUUUGCUCUGGCCUGCUUGCUAAAUCUCUGUUCAUGUUCCCAAAGGAAUCAAUGGUAAAUUUUGCAGUACCAUAAGGGGGACCAGACUCAGAUGUAAAUGCUUAAAACCACAAGACUUGUUUACAUGAGGUACUGAGCACCAUCAGCUUACCUUGACAAGAGAGCACUGAAGAGCUUGGCAGAGUUGGUUUAAAGCUGUUUGGAUGUGAUGAGCUCUACACUUUUCAGAGCUUGUGUAACGUGGAGCACUGAACGUGUUGGGAUUGCCAGUAGUAGUAACGUAUGGAAGAUCAAGUCAGGAUAUAAAUAAUAAAUAACAAAUCCGUGUGUUCCAGUCAGUCCCUCUGAUUCUACUUCUGUUUUGUUUGUAGCUGUGCUUUUUAUGUUACCUUUAUCCAUUCCUUUCUAUGAUUUUAUUUUUUUAACAUCUCAGCUUUACCUUGCUGUCCCACUGGCAAGAGUUAAUGCUGCCGGUGGCUUAAUGCUGUUCUGGAGUCCCCAUGCUUGUGAAACUCCAGUCCCACGCUUGCAGGCAGAAGCUGGCUCUGUUCUGCUAUUAGGCUGAGUAAGCUGGUAUGACGCAGUGUGCCAUUCCUUGGUCCCUUUCUGCUCAGUCCCUAAAGAGGAAGGUUGUGUGGUAUAAAGUGUGACCAUGGUACAAACUGAACUUCACUUUGUCAGCCAAGAAAUUGUUUCCAUUGGAAAUCAGAGCAGUAGGUUGUUUGUUUCUUGGCCAUCGCUUUCAUGUAUUCAUCUGUCUAAUAAAAAU